CAUAACGAUGUUCGAUGAGGGCUACGAGAUAGAAUUCCAGCCAGUAGAAGAGACCGAAUCAUCGACAACCCACAAUUGCGGUGUGCGACAAAGAAUUCUUCGAAAAUGAUUUCAAAAGAAGAAGAAAAUAAAAACAAUGCGUUUGAGGUUAUUACCUAUUUUGAUAGCGCUACUAGCACAUCGGCUGUUGAGAAUCUUUUGACACCUAUCCAGGAUGCAGCCACCCGUGCGACCAUGGCGUUUUCAUCGGCUGGUGAAGCAAUCGUUAAUGCAGGCGAAUAUAUUUUAUCGCCGCUAAAGGAGUCAUCGCCGAGCAGCAGAAGGAACCGCGUGAAUUUCUUCAAAGAAGAGGACGACACAGAGAAAGAACCCCCACAGGUAGAUAUUCGGCCUCGUGUCGAUGGAACAGGAAUAGAACUUGUUGCCAAUAACGACCACUGCGCCGCUAGAAAAGAAAACACCAACAACAAAUUGGGAACUUCUUAUCUACGCGGUUCCAUGCUGAUGUUUGAUCCGAUUGCGGCAGAAGCUGAGAACGGUGAACUGGAAGCAAUGAAUCUGAGAGUCUUGCGCGGAGAGAGCCUUCCUAUUGAUCGCACAAGAGUGCGCAUCGGCGUGCUCAAUCGCGAAGGUGCAGCAGUGGAUCAAAUCAUAGGAUCGACCCCUUCGAGUGAGGGGACUCGCGAUCCAAUAUGGGGCUCUAGGACAUGUUCAUGGACACUGAAUGCAAAGGAAUCGACAAAGUUGCUAUUCACUCUAGUCGCAGCAGAUUCUGAGAAAGGAUCGAAGGUAGAGACCAAAACAAACGGAGCUAUAAAAUUUUGCGCUGAGAUUUCGGUAGCCGACCUUCUAUCAAAACGCAACCCGAAUUUUUGGAUAAACCUAAAGAAUGAGGACGAUCCCUGUAGCAGCAACAACAAUGGCCGUAUUCAGAUCCGUCUGACCCGACCCACACAAGCAAAGCUGCACGAACAAGAAACCUGUUUGAGAAUUUCGCCCGGCCCAGGACUCCCUCGAGUUCAGAGCUAUGCCAUUCGAAAGAUGGCCUUAUAUUCAUGCUCGCCCGUUAUGUUGAAUGUGUAUGAUGUAUCCAACAACCCGCGAAUACAAACAGUCAACAACACAACGAAAGCACUCGGGUACGGUGGAGUCUUUCAUGCCGCGAUCGAGAUCCAGGGAAAGGAAUAUUCAUUUGGAGGAACGGUCGACAAGAAAUCAAAGGUGUCGGGGGUUUUUCAAUGCGCUCCUAAGCAAUGCCCUAUGCACAGUUAUCGAGAAUCGGUGUUCCUUGGCGAUAGCGAAGUCAAUGGGCAGCAGAUUCAGAGUAUAUUGGCGGAACUUCGUCCGAAGUGGUUGGCAAGAUCCUAUAAUCUAUUCCGGAAAAACUGUGCAUUCUUCAGUCGCGAAUUUGCAAUCGAACUAGGCGUCGGUGACAUUCCAGAAUGGGUGUUUUCCCUGGCUACGACUGCGGAAACGAUAGAGCCAUAUUUGCAAAAGCUCAAUGCGUACCUCAAAAGUAGAACAAACGCUGCCUCGCCCGACAAACGAAUCACCAAAUCAACAACUACGACGUCGACAAAACAGAAGUCCAGCAAGCGUGUUUCCAUUGAUACGGACGAAGACAUAAAAGCACACGAGGUUGCGAAGAAUACACAGGAAGCCCUUCUAGAUCAUGCCAUGGCUGCCAGAAUCCAGCGAAGAGUCAGGGCUUCGAACGUCAGGCGCGCGAGCAUGUAUCGUGCACAGACCCAGCUCAAAAUUGAGCCGGUAGGGUUUGCGUCGGCAUCGGCGUAGGCAGAAAAACGACUGUUGGUUUCAUCAGAAACUAUUCAUUGCUCCCAACUGUAGUGGAAGCAUCUAGAGUAAGGGCGGAUUGAAAAAUAAGGAAGUCAGAACUGAACAAUGAGCUAAAGACGUACUUGUUACUAUUCUUUUUAUGAGUUCAAAAUAAAAGUAAUUAAAACUAAACAAUGAAUAAAAAACAAAGUAGUGGCCAAUUCUUGUCAAAAACCAUACUUCCCUACCGACCCAUUUACGAAUUUAUUCGAUGCGGGCUUUCUUUUCUGGUGGUUCGGAAGAAGCGGCUGCCUUUUGUUGUAGACUCUUCAAACUGCUUUCGAAACGGUGCUCGAGUGUCAUGUGGUUUUCUGGACCGAGUCCGAGGCAGGCUCUCAUAACGUUCUUGAUAGCUUCGCGCUGUGUGAACAAGGCAUUCACAACGGGGGCGCCGUUCGGAACCAGCGGAGCUUUCAGCAUAUACGACAGGAGGGAAAGAACCGGGUGGAAUUGUUCCCAGUCGGUCUCGCCUUCCUUUUUGACGGUGAUUCGUUCGCAAAGCUCGCCCAAAAUUACGAGAUCAUAAAUCAGUGGCGUGGCAAGGAGAGAGUCCUCGCACGUGUUGUGCAUCGCAAUGGUGUUCUUUCCUCCCAUAAAAAUCUCCGACGUGUACUCAUCCAUUGCACGCUUCGAAUCCCCAACGUACGGUACGUGCUUGAUGACAACGACGUGAUCCGGAUGCUCGUCUUCUUCAAACAGGAUGCGGUUCGAUUCUACCAUGUCGUCCACAACGUUCGAUUUGGAUAUUUCUUUGCUGCGGAACUGCGAGGGAGCACUAAGGUUUUUUCCGUCGUUGUUUCCCAAGUGAUUGUAGGACACGAUCGAUACAGGCUUAAUUCCGGCACUGACCAAGAAGUCAACAAGGACACUCUUCAUCUUUGUUUGGCCACUCUUGAAAUCAUCUCCGGCGAUAAACACCUUCUUUUCACGCGCCAAAUCGACGACACCGGGAACGAAUGUAUUUUGCGGAGAACCAUUGAUGAAGGUGCAUCCCUCCAAUAUAGACGCAACCGCAAAAAUGGUAGACGCACUCACUUCCGCUUCGUCGCGCUGGAUGGAAUGCAAAAUAUUUUCUGCCGUGUCGUUAACUCCCUCCUCGACGCACGCGAAUCUCUCGGUGUUAGCGGUCCACAACAAGAUGACCUUGUCGAGUUCGUGUUUGGCUUUGAAAUCGGAAAUGUCCUUUCGGAUGUGAUCCAUUUGUUCUUGUUUGGUACCGGUCAAAACAUUGUCGGCGCGCUCGCUCUGGUUGGCUGCAAUAAAGUCGGGAAAGUAGACACUCGGCAAUGGAACAAUGUCCUUCAUGUAAGGAUAGAGCUUCUGCUGGAGAUCAUAAUCCAAGACUUUCGACCGCUUCAUGCCGUCGCCAAGGUUCAUUUUGUUGAUAUCCCAUCCUCCCCAUACAACCUCGCUCGGGUCUACCAUAGGAAGCAUAUUUUUGAAGGGAGUAAAGACCGAAUUGCCCUUCGCGUCAUUUCCGAGCUUUACCGUCGAGGACAUCAUGAGAGAACCCCAGUAAUUUGCUUUUUUCUCUCCUUCCUUGGUAUUCCACGUGAUCCCGUGCUUGUUGGCUAGCGCGCCAGCGAUACAGGUGCUAGCAAAUAGAAAAUUUGCAACGUA